AUGCCAAUAUCGUGGUACCCGAGGAACUUCACAAUUCCGGAUCUCAAUCUAAUGGAUCACAGUGUUCGUCUUAGCGAUGAUACGAUAUAUGGAGUGCAGUUGGGUCUGUACGUGAUUGGUUACAAAGAGUCACUCGAUGAUCAGAUAAAAAAAUUUCGUCCUGAGCAUCGCACAUUGUGCCGUUUAGCGACGUAUUCGAACAAAAACACACCAGAAUUCCGUUGGAAACCACAAGAAGACCGAAUUAAUAUUUAUCAGGUAAUCAAUUCCUUAUAA